CAGGGGCCCUGCGGAUGGAGGCGCGGGCGGCGCGGCGCGCUCAUUCCGCGCGGGCGUUGCUGGCGGGGGGCGGCGCAGCCACUGGCCGGGGACCGGGGCCCGGACCAGGGGCGGCGGGCGGCGUAGGCGGCGCCCGGGGCUGGGAUGCGCAGGGGGCUCCGUGGCGGCGGCGUUGGCGUCGGCGUCGGCGGCCGCGGGGCCACGAGCUAGCGCCGCGGCGCGGGGAGCCAGUCGAGCCCGGCGGGCGAGCGGAGGCGGCGGCGCAGGCAGAGCGGCGGCCGCAGCCGGAGCCCGAGCGCCGCGCGCCCACCAUGGCCGCUCAAGGCGAGCCCGGCUACCUGGCGGCGCAGUCGGACCCGGGCUCCAACAGCGAGCGCAGCACCGACUCGCCCAUGCCCGGCUCGGAGGACGACCUGGUCGCCGGAGCGCCCCUGCACAGCCCCGAGUGGAGCGAGGAGCGCUUCCGCGUGGACAGGAAGAAACUUGAGGCCAUGUUACAAGCUGCUGCUGAAGGAAAAGGCAAAAGUGGGGAAGACUUUUUUCAGAAGAUCAUGGAGGAAACAAAUACGCAGAUUGCUUGGCCAUCAAAACUGAAGAUUGGCGCCAAAUCCAAGAAAGAUCCCCAUAUUAAGGUUUCUGGAAAGAAAGAAGAUGUUAAGGAAGCCAAGGAAAUGAUCAUGUCUGUCUUAGACACAAAAAGCAACCGGGUCACCUUGAAGAUGGAUGUUUCACAUACAGAACAUUCUCAUGUGAUCGGCAAAGGUGGCAACAAUAUUAAGAAGGUGAUGGAAGAAACAGGAUGCCACAUCCACUUUCCAGAUUCCAACAGGAAUAAUCAAGCAGAAAAAAGCAACCAGGUAUCUAUAGCAGGACAACCGGCAGGAGUAGAAUCGGCCCGAGUUAGAAUUCGGGAGCUGCUUCCUUUGGUGCUGAUGUUUGAGCUGCCGAUUGCUGGAAUUCUUCAACCAGUGCCCGACCCUAAUUCCCCCUCUAUUCAGCACAUAUCACAAACGUACAACAUUUCAGUGUCAUUUAAACAGCGGUCCCGAAUGUAUGGUGCUACUGUGAUAGUACGAGGGUCUCAGAAUAACACAAGUGCUGUGAAGGAAGGAACUGCCAUGCUAUUGGAGCAUCUCGCCGGGAGCUUGGCGUCCGCUAUCCCCGUGAGCACACAACUAGAUAUCGCAGCUCAGCAUCAUCUCUUUAUGAUGGGUCGAAAUGGAAGCAACAUCAAACAUAUUAUGCAGAGAACGGGUGCUCAGAUCCACUUUCCUGAUCCCAGUAAUCCACAAAAGAAAUCCACCGUCUACCUCCAGGGCACCAUUGAGUCUGUCUGUCUUGCAAGGCAAUAUCUCAUGGGUUGUCUUCCUCUUGUGCUAAUGUUUGAUAUGAAGGAAGAAAUGGAAGUUGAUCCACAGUUCAUUGCUCAGCUGAUGGAGCAGCUCGACGUCUUCGUCAGUAUUAAACCGAAGCCAAAACAGCCGAGCAAGUCUGUGAUUGUGAAAAGUGUUGAGCGAAAUGCGUUAAAUAUGUAUGAAGCAAGGAAAUGUCUCCUCGGACUUGAAAGCAGUGGGGUUACCAUAGCAACCAGUCCAUCCCCAGCAUCGUGCCCUGCCGGCCUGGCGUGUCCCAGCCUGGAUAUCUUAGCUUCCGCAGGCCUCGGACUCACUGGACUAGGUCUUUUGGGACCCACUGCCUUAUCUCUCAAUACUUCAACAACCCCGAACUCACUUUUGAAUGCUCUCAAUAGCUCAGUCAGUCCUUUGCAAAGUCCGAGUUCUGGUACCCCUAGCCCCACAUUGUGGGCACCUCCACUUGCUAGUACUUCAAGUGCCACAGGUUUUUCUGCUAUACCACACCUUAUGAUUCCAUCUACUGCCCAAGCCACAUUAACCAAUAUUUUGUUGUCUGGAGUGCCCACCUAUGGGCACACAGCUCCAUCUCCUCCUCCUGGCUUGACUCCUGUUGAUGUCCAUAUCAACAGUAUGCAGACAGAAAGCAAAAAAAUCUCUGCUUCAUUAAAUGGACACACACAGUCUCCGAAUAUAAAAUAUGGUGCAAUAUCCACUUCGUCACUUGGAGAAAAAGUGCUGAGUGCGAAUCAUGGUGACCCAUCGAGACAAACAACUGCAUCUGAGCAGGCAGCUACCAAAUCAAACCCUGCAGAAGGUUGUAAUGAUGCUUUUGUUGAAGUAGGCAUGCCCCGAAGUCCUUCCCAUUCUGGAAAUGCUGGUGACUUGAAACAGAUGAUGGGUCCCUCCAAAGUUUCCUGUGCCAAGAGGCAGACAGUAGAACUAUUGCAAGGCACGAAAAACUCACACUUACACAGCACUGACAGGUUGCUCUCCGAUCCCGAGCUGAGUGCUGCAGAAAGCCCGCUGGCUGACAAGAAGGCUCCAGGGAGUGAGCGUGCUGCAGAGAGGGCUGCGGCUGCCCAGCAGAGCAGUGAAAGGGCCCGCCUGGCCCCACGGCCGUCAUAUGUCAACAUGCAGGCAUUUGACUAUGAACAAAAAAAGCUAUUAGCAACCAAAGCUAUGUUAAAGAAACCAGUGGUGACGGAGGUCAGAACACCCACAAAUACCUGGAGUGGCCUCGGGUUUUCUAAAUCCAUGCCCGCUGAAACUAUCAAGGAGCUGAGGAGGGCCAACCAUGUGUCCUAUAAGCCCACAAUGACAACCACUUUUGAGGGUUCGUCAAUGUCCCUCUCGAGGUCCAACAGUCGUGAACACCUGGGAAGUGGAAGCGAAUCCGAUAACUGGAGAGACCGAAAUGGAAUAGGACCCGCAAGUCAUAGUGAAUUUGCAGCUUCUAUUGGCAGCCCCAAGCGUAAACAGAACAAAUCAACGGAGCACUAUCUUAGCAGUAGCAACUACAUGGACUGCAUUUCCUCGCUGACGGGAAGCAACGGCUGUAACCUGAACAGCUCUUUCAAAGGCUCUGACCUCCCUGAGCUCUUCAGCAAACUGGGCCUGGGCAAAUACACGGACGUCUUCCAGCAACAAGAGAUCGAUCUUCAGACAUUCCUCACUCUCACAGACCAGGAUCUGAAGGAGCUGGGAAUUACAACUUUCGGUGCCAGGAGGAAAAUGCUGCUUGCAAUCUCAGAACUAAAUAAAAACCGAAGAAAGCUCUUUGAACCGCCAAAUACACGCACCUCUUUCCUGGAAGGCGGAGCAAGUGGGAGGCUACCCCGUCAGUAUCACUCAGACAUUGCUAGUGUCAGUGGCCGCUGGUAGCGGUACCGUCCAGGCACACGCCCGCCAACUCUGUCAAGUUGGACGCAGGAGAUCUGUGAACAGCCUUCACUGCACACCGUCCUCAGCACUCGGGUGUCUGGUAUCAGGACCAAAGCAUCUUAUUCGCACCUGAACUUUGUGCCGAAAAGAGAGAAGAUGACAUUCUUAUGUCAUCCUACAGAAUGCCACACGAGGAUUACUUUUUUUUUCCUAACGGCAAUUGGACAGAAUUUGCAAUAUGAGGGUAGGGCUUUAUUUCCUGUUUUUAUUUACCUAUAUAAUAACAUAUGCACUGAUUUUUUUACUUAACAAGAAGGCUGAGUUGACAUCUGGGAUGCCAGAAAACACAGAAGUUAUUUUGUUUGUUUGCUUAUUUUGUUUUGGUAUUUGGGGAUUUUUUUAAAAAAAUAAUCAAAGUGGAAUUUUCUGGUACUGCUUUAAAAUAAUUAUUGAGGUCUUUCAGCACUUUACACUUUCUUACUUCUUGUCCUGUGGAAAUUAUCUCUCUUUCUCUCGUUUUUAUGUCACCUGAUGUAUUGGUACAAAUCAGACUCCGUUAAAUUUUUAUUUGACAUAGUAGUACUGGAUUAUUAGUUUUUGUGCAGAAUAGUCUGUGACUUCGGGAAAUGUAAGUGACUCCACUUGGUUAUGGACCAGUUCUGUUCAUGUAUGUCAGCAUCCUAGAAACACUUAGCAAUGAACCUAGUUCACUGUAACAGGUGCGAGCAAAGAAAGACCAAAUGGACUUUGCAAUAUUAACCCUUUGCAGUCAUCAUAUUUAGCUGCUGCCUUUAUUGCUAAAAUGUUUUUAAUGGUUGUCUGAAGGCAAAGGGCUAUUUUUAGUAUACUGCCACUAAAGGACACUUAUUUAUAUCAAACUUUUAUUUUUAGAUAUUAUAAGCAUACCGUACAUAACUGAUUAAAUUGAUAUCUACUAGAGAUUUAUGGUAGAGAAUGGACGGCAUUCAAUAACUGGAGCCCUAGAUUGUCACUUUAUUUAAAAAAGAUAACUAAUCAUCUGACAAGACAGCACUGUUGCCAUGAGGAGGAGAAAUACAUUACUGUCCUUAUGUACACAUUAGCUGUGCUCCAUAUGGUCACAGGACUUCCCUAAAACCGUAUCUGUCUGCUUGAAGUAGACUUGGGUUUGUUGAGAAUGGAAAGGCUUUAUUUAAGUCUCCAGGGUGACAGUUUACAAAGACAGCAGAGUUCUGAAGGAGGAAAAAUAAAAGACUAUUUUGUAAGUGGCUAAACUCGUUGUUACAAUCUUGAUACUGUGAAAGUCCAAGAAAUCAGGCAACAUUGUUUCCUAGGUCUUUUCAGACAUCUUAUUAUGGAUUUAUGAAGGGUUUUCAAUCCAUGAAGACAAUCACUAAGUGCCUCUCUUUCUUCAAAGCAAUAUUAUUUCCAAGUGUAUUAAUUUGUUGGAAAACUUUCCCAUAGGACAUGUGGUGACUUACCUGUACUGUAAUGACUUAUUUAUGUUCAGUAUUCGAGACUUUCUACAUGGACAUAAACCACUGUCACGUGCUCUCCACAGAAGGCAUUAGAUUCAUACACAACAAUUGGGGACUUUCAUACAAAUGUGGGAUCAGAAAUACUUGUCUUAUUUUUUCCAUGGUUAAGUAAGUCUUAUCAUUAAAGUAAGAACAAGAAUUGGAGAGAAAUUUUGCACACUGAAAAAUUUUCACUUAUAAAAAAAAUGAGUAUUGGUUACCGUGAAGGCAUAGAUAAUGGACCUGUCAUAAAAUUAUCAAUUAUAACAGCACUAAGGAGAUGCCUGUUCCCAAACAGAACUGUAUGUGCUUAAGGAUGUAGAACUAAAUCGCUCCCUUCACAAGUACAAUGGAAUGAUCCUGCAUGUAUGUCACAUGUAUGCAGGUCAUCACAUGGAGCUCCCUGCCUUAUAUGGCUAUAUGAACACAUCAUGCUACACAUUCAGCAACAGAGUAAGAAUUCCAGAUCAGUUUCCUGUGCAACAACUCAGUGCUCUAAAUUUUAUCAUUUCCUUAAUAAGACCUCCUCCCCAAAUAAAAAAUAAUCAUUUGGAGUCUUUCCCCCCAGCUCUCUACCAUGCAUUUGCAACAGGAGGAAGAUGGAAUGAUUUGCAGUAUUGAGUUGAUAUAGGUUUUAUGAACAGUGCUUUGAUAUUAUGCCAAAGGGAAAACUGUCCCAAUUAAACCAGAUUAAAUAGGGUGGCUAAAAAAAUAAAUAAAAAACACUGGAAAUUACUUUUCUCACUUUCUCUUGAUGCAAUGAAGGGAUUAUGACACUACAGUAUACGGUGUUGUCAGUGUUGUAUGAUGCACAAAAUAUUUGGAUUAUUUGAAUAAAUGUUUUUAAUCAAUCUGUGCCUUAAUAGUGACCGGUUAUCUGUAAAUAUAGAACAGAUACAGAUUGUAUUUUUGUGUGGGUUUUUGUCCUUUUAGUGACUUUUUUUUAAAAAAUGAGAGAUGGAAUUAAACAUUGAAAAUGGGAAUUUUUUCUAAACUAAUCAAUUGUUAUAUGAAAAAUAAAUUUAUAUAACCCCUUUGUAUUGCC